ACCGAAAAGGGAAGUCGAAAAAUUCAGUCAAAAAAAAAAGAAAGCGAAAAAUACUUCGCCGUCGUCAAGUAGACGUCGCCGUCUUCCGCAGCCAGCCUCUCCCCCAUCUCAUCGUCUUCCUCCUCCUCGCAUCGCCGGAGGCCACCGGGGACCCCAAGAAUCCGACCAAUCCGAUCCCCAAUCUGCUUCUCCCUAGGCCCGCGAGAAUCUUGCGAGGAAAUCUCGCUGCCGGAUUCGAAGAAACCGCCGGAUUCCGUGGAGAAUCAAGAAACCCCCGCAAGGUGUUCGUCCAUGGACACGGAGCCGCUGCUGUCGCCGCUGUCGCCGUCGCCGCACCUGCUCCACCCGCUGCCGGAGCACGCGGAGGUGUCCACCUUCUCGCCGCCCCUCUCGCCCUGCCCUUCCCCGGCGUCCUCGUACAAGGAGCGGAUCAUCUUCGGCGCGCACCCGCCGCCGCCGCCGCCGCCGCCGCCGCCGCCUCCGCCCCCGCCGCGGGGGAGGCGGUACUACCGGCGUGUGUCCGGGGAUGACCUCGACGUGCCGUCGUGUUCGUCCUCGCCUUCCCCUCCCUCCGACGAGGAGAACCCGCCGCCGAACCCGCCGUCGCUGUUCGACUUCAUCGGGGGGCGCACGAACCUCCACCGCUCGCGCACCGCGCCGGCCAUGGCGCCGCUCAACGCGGCGGCUAUCGCCGCGGCCGCCGCCUCGGGGGACAGCCGGAACCCGCCGCCUCCCCCACGGCGGCCGGCCAUCGUGCUGCACGCGUUCCUCUUCCUGCUCGCCUACCUCGCCAUGGGCGUCACCUUCUACGCCGCCUUGCCGGGCAACUUCACCUCCUCGGCCGGCCCUACCCACCCCGUCGCCGACGCGCUCUACUUCUGCAUAGUGACUCUCUGCACCAUCGGCUACGGUGACAUCACACCGGCGACCCCCGCCGCGAAGCUCUUCUCAAUCUCCUUCGUCCUCAUCGGGUUUGGCUUUGUUGACAUCCUCCUAUCCGGCAUGGUGUCCUAUGUGCUUGACCUUCAGGAGCACCUCCUCAUCACGGCGCUCAAGAACCCCCGCUCUGUGCGCAAGCACCGGCACAAUUACAUCUUUGAUCUUAAGAAGGGCCGGAUGCGUGUGCGCAUGAAGGUUGCACUUGCGCUCACCGUGGUGGCCAUCUGCGUGGGGGUCGGUGCCGCGGUGCUCAAGAGGGUCGAGAAUUUGGGGUGGCUCGAUGCCGUUUACCUUGCUGUGAUGUCGGUGACCACCGUCGGGUAUGGCGAUCACGCGUUCCGGACACUGGCUGGACGGCUCUUUGCAUCCGCGUGGCUGCUCGUGUCGACUCUUGCUGUUGCAAGGGCAUUCCUCUACUUAGCGGAGAUGAGGAUUGACAAGAGGCACCGCGCUAUGGCUAACUGGGUGCUGUCGAGAGACAUGACCGUGUCAGAGUUUCUUGCUGCGGAUAUCGACAACAACGGUUAUGUCACGAAAUCGGAAUUUGUAGUUUACAAGCUCAAGGAGAUGGGCAAAAUUUCAGAAAAAGACAUAAUGAUGAUCUGUGACCAAUUCCAAAGAAUGGACUCAGGAAACUGUGGGAAGAUUACACUUUCAGAUCUUCUCGAGAGUCAUCAGCUGGUCACUGACCUUAACGAGAAGAAAAAGGGGAAGAAAUCAUAAUACAUCACAAGACGCAGAAAAAAAAAUCGUAGGGUAGUAGCAUUUUGCUCAUGAAUCAAUGGUAGAAGAGCUAGGAGGCUUUCUCCUACGCUGAAUUCAGAAAGCAUCCAUUGAUGGUAGGAUAGCUUCAGGAAAAGUAGUUUACUGCUCUCCAGCUAUGAUUGUACCCUAGAAAGGGUGAGAAGAUCACUGCUGUGAAUAGAAGCUGUAAAUAGGAAGGAUAAUACAAGGACAUUUAUUCAGAUUCUUUAUAAAUAUAUAUUAUAUGGAGGGGUUGGCUGGUGGCCAUUUGGCUUUUCAAGUUCUUCUGAAAA